AUGGUAAGCACCAUACAUUAGGAUGGGAUUUCCAUGGUAAGAGCCAUAACAUUUAGCUAAAUCCUAGUGCUACGGGUGUGGCUCAGAUGAGCGCUGAGCCUGUGGGUUGGCAUCCGCGGCGUCGGGUGGGCGCCGCCGGCGCGGCCCGCACGGGGCACCCUUCGCGUGUGGCUCACAGCCGCCCAGCUGCUUGCGUUUGCCGGGUACCUCAUUGUGCACGACGCGGCGAAUCUGUAUAUUCAGGCCCACCCGCGGCUGUUUCGAGCCGCCUCCGCCCGCGCCCGCGCGCUUGGAAGAAGAGAGCUGGCUGACGCGCGCGGCGAUCGCGCUGACAUUCGGGGCUGGGGUCCGGUCCGCGUGGUCGAUGGGCUGGAUACUGGUCAGCAUCGUCUCGGUGAACAUGCGGGUUUCUGGACCAGAAGAAUGGCCGCCGAUGUUUGCUGGCCCCGCGGAAGCCUGCUCUAUCCGUCGAUUCUGGGGAUGUGCGUGGCAUCAGAGCUUUCGCCGCUCCGUGUCUUCGCAUGGCAAAGCCGGGUCCGCGGCUCUAGGCCUGAACCAGGGAACUUGGGCAUCUUCUUACACAGAGCUGUACAUCGCCUUCUUCGUCUCCGGGCUCGUGCACUACGCCGCCGACGUGCAGGCCCUCAAUGCAUGGCACGGCGGCUCGAUGUACUUCUUCCUCGCCUAAGCGGCAGCCAUUACACUCGAGGAUCUCGUCGAAGCUCUCGGAAGAAAGGCUGGCGUCAAGGGCGGCCGCGUUCUGGGUCGGAUAUGUCAGGGUCACAAGCUGGUUUGCGUUGAGCCUUCCGUGCUGGGUCGGUCCGAUGGCCUGUGGCGGUCUAUUCGAGGGUCCGAGAAUGCGAUUCAGUUUCAUCCUCGGUCUCUUACGAGGACGGUGGUGGCUCCCGUCUGUCUAGUGUCGGUCGCGAAGGAUGACAUGCAUCUUGGGUUCUUGCACUUUUACAUCAUUUCGGGCCUUCGACUCGUACGAGAGGACGCAAUGCACUAUAGGACGUUGGUCUCUCUCCACAACACGCAGAGCUUCGCGGUGACCAGUCGGGCGCAUAUGGGAUCAUUUCUCAGAAGACGAGGACUUGAGCGCACACAGCCCCUUCUCCGCCAAAUCGUUUUUCAACACAAUCUGCCAUGCCAAUCUCCGCCAUUCACCUGCAUGAUGAAUAUGAGAUGCACCGCAAAGUAUGCGGCUCGGCAAGUCCACAUCCCGGGGGAUUCGAAGUUUCUCGUCGACCCUGAUAUCUCACAUCUCGACUCCUGACUGAUUCCCCCGGGAUCACCCACUCUGAAGCAUCUCUACCAAGUUGAUGUCUGCCGGCGGAGUCUCGGCGCACCUGAUUGAAAGCGCGGGACGUUUUCAAUUCCUCAGUAUCUCAGCGGGAAGGUGGGCAGCCGGCCUCCAGUCAUGUAUGAGUAACGGGGCCUGGCUGAUCGCAGGGGCGGUUGCUCUGAGACCGCGGCGCAAGCCAGUUCCUGAUACUCUUACGUCACGACCGAAUCUGUCCAGAAAGCUGCGAGUUAUGCGUCAUUACGACAAAGUUUGUUAUAAUUUACCACCUUCGAUUCUCUUUUGUGCCCUCCGAGGCAGAAUUCUCUGCGACUCGAGAUAAUUAAUUCCAUUCUAAUCGGUCUUCCCUGCCCGAGAUGGUCAGGGCUGCUCGUCCUCCCCAUCACACUCUUCAUC